GCCGAGUGAGCAAUGCUGAUGUACACUUUAUCACCCCGUACCACCCUCAACAGUCGCCAUCUUGCUUACGUAGCGGAAGGGGCGGGACUAUCAAACCCUCCCCAACUUGAAAUAAUGGCGGAUGAUGACCAAAUCGUUGCGGUGGAAAUUGGUGAACAACAAUGGCAUGAUGAGGACACCAGGUCCCUUAUUUUGUGGAGGACUGCCAACGCCGCCUUGUUCACAGGGAGACGCAAUGCAGCUGUCAAUGGAUAUGAGAUCUACAUCGCUAGUCGAGGACUGGAGGGAAAGGUGACACCAGCCUUCUUAAAAAAGAAAUGGGAGAACCUGAAGCAUCAGUAUAAGGGGCAUAAGUACAACAAAUCUGGGGUCAGCCUAGAUGGCAGUGAGACCCCUGGCGCGUCUUGGAAGUGGUACAAUUUGAUGGAUGAAGCAAUUGGGGGCAGGUUAUCCAUGACGCCGCCCGUCUUCAUCGCUUCAUCUUCCCAGGAUGAUGUGGCAGGCGAAUCCCCGUCUGUGCUCACCCCAGAACGGGACGCACCCACAGGAUCCAUCCCCAAAAGACGCCGGGUGGAUCUCGGGGACAUGUUGAAGGAAACGAUGGAAAAAGAUGAGAGGUUUGAACUGGAGCUGAGAGAGAUGGAAGCCAAGGCCAUAGAGAGAGAAGAGGCCAGGGCGAGGGAGGCAGCUGAGAGAGAGGAGAGGAGGCACCGUGAGGCUUUAGAGAGAGAGGAGACCAGGCACCGUGAGGCUAUGGAGAGGGAGGAGAGGAGGCACCGUGAGGCCGUGGAGAGGGAAGAACGAUUCUUCAGAGAGAUGAGGGAGAGAGAUGAUAGGAGAGACACUGCUGCUAGGGAGGAGCGCUUCCUGGCAAUCCUUGAAGCAUUAAUCCAGAAAUAAAUAACAGUUCACGUCAGUAUCUGCUCUGUCUUGUAUUUAUCAUCACUAAAUGCCAUCUUCAAGCAUCACAUGAAACAUUUCAAGCAUUUUUUAAAUCAGGAUUAUAAUCAAAACAGGACAAAAUAAUCUAGGCAAAUCUUUGUGAAAAAACAAAAGUAAUAAAUAUGGGAAUAAAGUCAUAUUACUAUAAGAAAUUUGGAAAAGAACAGCAUAAAUUAAAUUAAGUAUGUGGUCCUCACUGGAAGACGUUUGGACGCCCCCUGCAGUUGAGCAAAGGUAAGUCUGCAGUGGCUGUAUUAGAAGAUGACGUCACUACUUGUUAACGUCAUAAUUACUGUGGAAAGAAAAUGAUCUGAAUUAAUCUUUUCUCCGUUUGAUAUUGUGCUCGAACACAGUACCUUUUCCCUGCACUACUUAGUGUCAUCAAAGACACUGAAUAGAAGUCUCAUGAAACACGAGAUUGUGUCUCCCGAGAAGGAGCUUAGACGCAAUUUUAACUUUACUUUUAAGAAAAGUACAAUUAAAAGUAUAAUAUAUUGUAAUCUACUCAUAUGAUUUCUACUGUGGUACACUUGUCUGUACUCUGUGUGUGUAUGCUACCGCGACCCCGUCUCCACCCACUGACACAAAGAGAGGAAUGUAUGGCUAACAAAAGGGCUCACUCCAUUCAUGCCGUUCUGCGGAACAAACAAAUUAAUUUAUUGUAUGAUUAUAGAAUUUAUUCAAGGCUUGUACCCACGUGGCUAUUUAAUUAUGACCCCCCUCACCUCUAGUCAUAUUUUGAUCACUUUAAAAGUCCUGUAUCUUUAAAUAAAAAAAAUGUCUCCUGUUGAAUAAUGGGUAGUGCAACUCAAGCAGUGACAUGCCCCCCUUAACAACAAGGGUGUGGCUUUAAUGGAUAUACAUAGCCAUUCCAGUAAACCGAAAGUUCCAAAAUAUACAGCUGUCGGAGAGAACUAACAAAAUACAACAAAAAUGACCAUCCAUGUGAAAUAUGCAGCUCUUUAUUGGGCGAAGUUCGGCCUUAAGUUGGUGGUUGAAGGUGUGGUGAUAUCUGUCCCGUCUGUUGCUAUUGUAGCUACUGCAGCGACUGUAGCAGUGGUCUUGGGAACAUACUUUUAUCAUAGAAAAAGACAAUGAUCCGACUAAGUGGCAAUGAUACUGUAAACACGAAAUCACUGCAAAUCACUCGGCAUCUAUUUGAAGAAUAUGUAAUUAUGUAAAGAAAAUUGACAAAUGAUUGGGUGUAUGUUUGGGUUUCAUGAUUUCAAGUUCAAUGUGUACAUUAACAUAAUUCAACAUUCCAGAAAAUGAGUUUUUUCCCCCGUUUUUCCAUCGGGUUUGUUUCAGGUUGGAAUCCUAUUGUAUUAACUGCUGCAUGCAUGAAAAUAUUUGUGUUUUUAUUAUGUGUACUGUAUUUUUAAACACUACACACGUGUGUAUGGACCUUAUUUGUGUACAAAGUGCAAAGAUUAGAUUUUUAAAAUUGGUUUCUGUAACAGUUUUGUACACAGUUUUGCACCUUAAGGAGAACCUUUAUUCAUUUAUUUGAAUCUUUAUUCACAAUAAAGGCCAUUCUUCCAUUGCUAA